AUGUCAACUAUCGAAACUGUUACCGCUACGGCGACGGCGAUACCGCCUACAGCGGAGUUGUUGGAGGCGGCUUUCCGGAAGUACGUUCUCCGCUACUUGAACAUGCUAGAUCGUUUCCCAGGAGGUGCUGUUCUUUUGCGUUACAUCAAAUCCUCCUACAGAGACGAUCCAAUUCGUUCUUUGAUUGAGUACGCGUUGAUUAUUUUUGCUGCUACCUACUUCUUUACUUCCAAGAAGAAGGAGAACAGAUCUGACUUUUUGGCCUUGUCGAAGAGGGAGGUGGACGAGCUCAUUGAGGAAUGGCAGCCUGCGCCUCUUGUGGAGCCUGUGUCUGAAACUGAGAAGUGGAGAGUCGAUGAUUUGAUUGUCAAGGGCCAAAACUCUGCCCAUAUUAAGAUUUUGCAACACCCAGAAAUUCCUGAGGUUGUCAAUUUGGCCAGCACGGAUUUUCUUGACCUUAACAGCGACCUGAGAAUGAAGGACGCCGCAAGACAGACUAUCAACACAGCAGGUGUUGGUGCCUGUGGUCCUCCAAACUUUUACGGUUCUCAAGAUGCUCAUGUUCGUUUAGAAGAGGACUUGGCACGUUACUUGAACACUGAUAAUGCUAUUCUUUAUGGUCAAGACCUUGUUACUGCAGGCUCUGUCAUUCCCGCUUUCUUGAAGAGAGGUGACUUGGCUGUUGUUGACAGUGGUGUUAACCAGGCUAUUCAGAAGGCUUUGAUUGUCAGCAGAUGUGACAUCGAGUGGUACAGACACAACGACAUUGACCAUUUGGAACAGGUGUUGAACGAGCUUCAACCCGUGUUGAAGAACCAAAAGCCAUUGCGCAGAAGGUUUAUCAUCACCGAGGGUCUUUUCGCUUACUCUGGUGAGCUUGCUGAGUUGCCUGCAAUUGUUGCUUUGAAAAACAAGUACAAGUACAGAUUGUUCUUGGACGAGACAUGGUCCAUUGGUACUAUCGGCAAAUUGGGCAGAGGUAUUUGCGAGCACUAUGACAUCGAAAGAGAUGAAGUAGCCAUUACCAUCGGUUCUUUAGCCAACUCCUUCUCAUCUUCCGGUGGUUUCUGUGCUGGUGUCCAGCCUAUGAUCCAGCAUCAGAGAAUCAACUCUAACGCAUACGUCUUCAGUGCAGCCCUUCCACCUUACUCGGCUAGAGUUGCUUCCGAGGCCGUGAAAUUGAUUUCUACUAAUUUGACUAGCGAGGGCGAGUCAGAGCUUCUUCUGCAAUUGCACAGAAAUCUUGAGCUCACAUACAAGACCUUGCAGAACAACUUCCAAGACUCAAAAUACUUGGAGAUCAAGUCCAGCAAAAAGAGUCCUAUUAUUCAUUUGGGCUUCAAGGAUGACUACAGACAGUCGUUGGAGCUUCCCAGCAUUUAUGGCAAUAAUGUUUUGUUGACAACUGGCAAGCCAUCGAAGAAGCCCAACCCACCCAGCGUGAGCUACACGUUAGAGAGCUACAUCUUGCAGAAGAUCAUUGACGCUGUUCUUGUCAAGGACCACACCUUGCUCAACAGAACUAGAAUAAUCUUUGAGCAGGAGAACUUGCCCAUUGCAAGCCCAAGGUUGUUGGUGCAAGUUAAUGCAGGUGUUUCAGCCGAGGAGUUGGAGAAUGUCGCCAACGACUUGCCAUCUGUGGUCAACGCUAUUUGUUCCAGCAUCAAGCUGCCUUCCGAUUUGGAGACGCUUUACAACGAGAUGAUCAAUCAAUAA